AGUGCAUAUUAUUGUAUAAUACUCAAAAUAGUACAGGCAGUCCUCCGUUUAAUUCAAAAUGCACAAUCCUCACUGAGGCUGUGAUGAACGUGAUCGGAAAAGAGGGAGUGGACAUAAUGGGCUUUGGGCCCAGCAGCCUAGACACGUCUAUUUUGCAAUUGACCGAUAUGCGUGAUGAUGAUCAGCAAGAUGCUGAAAACAACAUGACCAUGUGUACCUCAAGUGCUGCGAUGUCAAAAUCAGUUUCCUUUAAUCAGAAAAGAAGAUAUACACCAUCGAUGGCUGAGAAUGGCUCUAGAAGCUCAACUAUUUCUUCUCCAGACAAACCAUCACCUUCAUGGUAUGUAUGUUAUUUAUUUUCAAAUAUAAUAAAUUAUUCUACACAAGGAUAUAGAUAACAGAAACAUGUGCAUA